AUCAUUAGGGUAAUAUUCCUAGUUUUAAGAAAACUACAGUAUAUAUCUUAUUUUAUAUAAAAAAGUGAAAAUAUACUAUUAAUUUAUUUAGUUAUAGAAUAAAUAGCUAGAGUUUACAUGAGAGUUUAUGUUCCCUGGUCUCAUUUAAGGAUAUCAUUGUGUACGUUAAAGAAAAGAAAUAUUCUCUAAUCUCUUUUGUGUUUUAUAUAAAUGUUCAUUACAACAUAACCUCAACGCUAUAAUCAGUAGCUGUCGUGGCCUAGUAACAAUCACUCUUGAUUGUCUCUUCUUUUGUCAGCUUCUCUCCUCUCUCUCCUCAUUUAAAAGAGCAACAAACAACUAAAAUUAGCAAAACCACAUUUUCUUUCACUUCUUCCCCUUCGCCCUUUCUAUUUCUAGGCUCAGCACUUACAGAAAGAGAGAUGAGCAGAAGCAUUUCUUUCUCUGCUGAGUAAAAGAAAACAAGAACCAUUACUCAUGGAGUUACUAAUGGGUUCGGGUCAGAACCGGACUGAGACAGUUGGUUCCUCCUCCAGAGAGUCUUCUUCACUUAGUGGUGGACUCAGGAUUGGUCAGAAGAUCUACUUCGAGGAUGGAUCCGGAUCCGGCAAGGACCGGGCUAACAAGUACCGUAAGACUACUACAGGAGCUAGGUGCCAAGUGGAAGGUUGUAAAAUGGAUCUAAGCAAUGCAAAAACAUAUUACUCAAGACACAAAGUUUGUGGCAUUCACUCUAAAUCAUCUAAAGUCACUGUCUCUGGGCUUCAUCAAAGGUUUUGCCAACAAUGUAGCAGGUUUCACCAGCUUUGUGAGUUUGACUUAGAGAAAAGAAGUUGUAGAAGACGACUUGCUUGCCACAACGAAAGAAGAAGAAAGCCUCAAGCAACAAGAGCCACUCUGUUCACUUCUGGAAGCGUUUUGGGAGAUCCAUCAUGGGAUAGGAGUGUUUUCUCACAGGGAAGUUCAAGAUUUAGUAUAACAUACCCAGAGAUGGUGAACAAUAGUAGCACAGACUCAAGCUGUGCUCUCUCUCUUCUGUCAAACUCAAACACAACUCAGCAGCAGCAACAACAACUUCAGACAUCAACCAAUGCUUACUUGAUGGACGCAGAAAGGGUUAAAAUGGCUCAGUCACCGCCUGUCUCAGUACAUAAUCAGUACUCGAACCAAACCUGGGAGUUCAUGUCAGGCGAAAAGAGCAAUUCGCCUUGUGUGUCCUCCCCUGCUUUGAGACUGAACCAAAUCUCUGAGCCAGAUGAUGAGCUCCAGUUCCUGACGAGCAAUGGCGCCACAAUGGGUGGAUUCGAGUUGAACCUACAGCAGCAGGUUCUGAGGCAGUACUCUUCUACUCAACAUUUUACUUGGCCUCUUUGAGACUUUCUACCAAGAGCCCUUACCAGUAGAAGGUUGCUAGUUGCUACUAAGAGUUUAUAGUCUCAAGAUUUUAUUAAAUUAAAUAUUUUUCUAUGCUACUGCUACUUAAAACCAGACAAUGAUGCCAGAUAAUGGCCUUUGAAUCUGGAUAUUAUUUAAAUGGUUUUGGCUCUUGAUUUUAAGCCAUUUGUUUUUAGUACUGAUGCUAUAUUAGUAUAAACGCAGAUUAAAACAUCAUCAUCA